AUGCAAGACACCAAAUACUACGAACCAACAAAUAUCUUUCGUCAGCCUGCUAUUAAUAUAAAGAAAAGAUCAGACAGAAAGAGAAUUUUACAGUCGAUGACGACUUUAUCCACGUACAAAAAAACGUGGCAAAAUAACACUUCGAAAAUGAAUUCACCGAUUUUGCGAAAGGCAUCAGACAACUUCAAUGACUUUUACACGACCAAGAAAUUAAAAUCAGAUUAUUGGAAAUUGUACGGCAUUGACGAAACAGAGUUUUCUAUACCUUCAGAUAUUUCUCUUGUGGAUGAUAUACUUCUAAUAUCUACAAUGAACGAGAAAGAUAACCUGAAACUUUUUGAAAUUUCCAGUGAGAAGAAGUUAAAGGAACUACAGACGAUUACUGUUCCCGGUAAACCAAUUACUUGUAUCUGCUUAUUGCCCAUGGUGGAUUUUCCGCCACAAAUUUUCCCAAACUCUCAAAUAAAGGCUAGCCACAACCAAUUAAUAUUGACAGGUCAUCAAGACGGUAUAGUCAAUCUGAUAUCGACUUCAACAUACAAGGGAUGUGCCAAAAUAAUAAAAAGGUUUAACCACAACAAGUUUUUAAAAUCCACAGUGUCAUCGUCAACUCCGAUUCUGGAAAUAACGCCAAAGACAGCACCUAUUUUGAAGGUUUCGCCAUGGAAUAAAACUGGUUUUGUUUCCCUUUUAAACGACUCCCUCUUCAUAUACGACUUGAAAUCAAACCUCGAUUCAAUAAAAACACCUAUUUUUUUGCAAUCAUAUCCGGGUAUAAAUUCUUUUGCUGUUAAUGAAUUCCAUGAUCCCUUCCUACUGGCUUUGGUUGGCUCACAAUUUGGACCAAAUGGCAUCUCGCUACUUGAUCUGAGGACGAAUCUCUAUAUUCCAGAUAUUUUGGAUAACGGCAUAUCUGUAGCAAAUGAAAAAGAUCAUCUGCAAAGGAAGAACACAAGUUUAGACUGUGUAUGGAUAAAUAAUCAUCACGUUGCACAGAGUUUGAACGAUAAAAUUCAAAUCUGGGAUAUUCAAUCUUGCGACGGUAAACCAGUUUGUGAAUUAUACGCUAAGAAAGGGUACGUUGAAAGUCUUAAAUUUAAUGAAAAAACAGGCGCAUUAUAUAGCAGUGAUGACCAAGGCUUUGUCAUUUGUUGGGAUUUACAAAAUCUACAAAACAUGAAUUACGGUGAAUUGGUUCACGGGUUCACCUCAAUUAGUUUAGAUGGUGUAAAUGAACGACUGUUGACCAAGCAAGUUUUCCAAUGUGGAAAUAUUAUUGUGAGUGGCGUUGAUAAUAAAAAACUUUGUUUGAAGAAUAAUGAAACUAAAGCAGAUGGAAUAGGGUGUGGAUUUUUAUUUCUUGAUAUGGCGAAUGAUGGAAGUUUAGUAACGCUUGACAAUUUUUGUGAACUGGGAUUACACCAAAUCUGUCAAGUUCAAUUCAACGCUAACACCGGUAAAAUAAUCAACACUAUUGAUACUAGCAAGAAUGAUAUUUCUGACUCUUCUAUGUUAUCAUUAUCCAAUGAGAGUGACCAUAGCACAACAGAAACAUCGGAUGACAUGUUCUCGAAUUCUGGUAAUUGGGAUUGUUCUUCAGCAAAUACUGUUAGUGAAGGUAGAUUGCAUGAGGAUCAAGAGGAUGUUGUCCUCACAAAAAGGAUGUAUUCUGUAAAUGAUGUGCAUUUAAGUGGAUCUACUAUUGAUACUGCCGUUCUCUAG